GAGGCGAAGCGCGGUGAGACGGCCCAGCGAGCAGAGCGACAACAGCUGGCGGCAACGGCGACGGCUGCAACAAUGUCUUCCUCCUCGGCGGUCGUCGAUCUGAACGUGGGCGGCACCACGUACAGCGCGUCGCGCGAGACACUGUCUCGCUGCCCCGUGCUCGGCGAGCUGCUCGACGGCGGCCCGCAUGACUCGCAGGGCCGCGUCUUCGUCGACAGGGACGGGGCCCUCUUCCGCUACAUCCUGGACUUCCUACGGUCGGGCCGCCUGCUGCUUCCCGAGGAGUUCCGCGAGUUGGCAAGGCUCAAGGCCGAGGCCGAGCACUUCCGCCUCGACGCCCUGGUCACCUGCCUGUCGGCCACGUCCGCCGUGCCGCCGCCGUUCCCGGGCCAGCCGGGCUACAUAACGCUGGGCUACCGCGGAACGUUCGCGUUCGGCCGCGACGGCCUGGCGGACGUCAAGUUCCGCAAGCUGACGCGCAUCCUCAUCUGCGGCAAGGUUACCAUGUGCCGCGAAGUGUUCGGCGACACGCUGAACGAGUCGCGCGACCCCGACCGCGGCCAGGACGACCGGUACACGUCGCGCUUCUUCCUCAAGCACAACUCUCUGGAACAGGCGUUCGACUGCCUCCAGGAGUCGCGGUUCCGCUGCGUGUGUGCCUGCGGCACCGGCACCUCAUGCGGCGCCGGAAACGAGCCGCUCAAGCCUGGCGUCGACUCCGAGGAGAACCGCUGGAACCACUACAACGAGUUUGUGUUUGUGCGCCCCUAAAGAACUCCGGAGAGAGAGAGAUGGGGUGUCCAGGAGCGAGGGGUCCUUUUGCUGCGCAGUUGGGUCGCUGUGACGGUGGCGGCGGCGCCGGCCGAUUUCCCGACCAACGGAGCAUAUCAUUCGUCUUCUCCGGACAGCGCCUCCUGUUGCGCCUUCCACGGUCGCCAGCGUGUGGUGCAAUGACGGAUAAUCGCUGUUCUUUCAUCUUUUUUUAUUUUUUUGGUGCGGAUACUUCUUCGUGAAACACGAUGUUUUAUGGCCUUUGAUUCCGACGAAAGCGGUUGUUGAGGGAGAUAUUAGCUCAGUGGCGUAUCCAGGAUUCAACAUAAGGGGCUCUUUUCAGUUUGCUGACGAUGUGCGGGGAUAUUUUCCUCCUGCUUGAACGCUGCUACCAGUCGUUACCGCAGGGAUUACUAAAAUUCUUAGGGAUAUUCUGGCGCCUAAAUACACUUCCUGGUUACGCCACUGAUAAGCGUAUUGAUUACUCUUCAAUAGCAAUCUGUUUUAUAGUAAUGUAGUUACCCAAGAUGCGACAAAAUGUGCAUUAUUACGAAACCAGUGGCAUUGUAGCAGAAUCAUUAAUCUAAUUUGUGAGUAGAACAGUACAAUGGCGGUAGAAUAUCUGUACAGAGCGGUCGCCACUAAGUUUUCGUAACACGUGAUUUAAUUGAAAGUGCAGCGAUGCGAAGCGUCGUCAGAGCAUAGCUGUUGCCAAAUGUAUUAUAGUAUGGGCAUAGCCUGUUUCCACCUGACUUUCCAAUACAAGACGCACCAUGUUUAACAUUCUGGCAAAAUAUUUUUGUGAACAUUGUGUUAAGGUACCACUAUAACAAAUAAAAUUCACGAACAUGACUCUACGCCACUGCGUGAACUUCAAAGCCUUCCUUGCUUGCAAUCUCUUAAUCUACAAAAGAUAGUUCAAUAUGAUGUGACGCUCGCGGUUGAUGUUGUAGCAGUUAUUGCUUGUUUUUGGUAGGCGCUGUUACUCUUAGCAUGUUGACAGUGGUCGUAUUUUUCAGUGACUGACACCUAUUUGUGUUCAUUCUAUUGUUUACUUUGCUGACACAGUACUGAAAACAUGUUGCUUUCUGAAGGAGAGAGCAUUUAGUGAAGUGCUAUAGCCAACGUACUCAUACCAGUCUCACUUUUGCCAUUGAAGGCUUAUUGGUUUUGUCUUCAGCGCUUCUUAAACGCUCGUUUUGCAUCUGCCUUUAGACGUCCCCAAUAUUCUCGUAGAGGAGCGUCUUGCGAAACCGCUAGUAGGUAAAACACGGCAGGAAGCUUACGUGCUUGCGAAAGUAUUGCUGUAUUAUCUGUUGCAGCUGAAGUAAAUGUGUAAUGUACUACCCGAAAACACUUAUCAACAAAUUACUUGAUACACUUUAGCACUCCUCGCUUGAAGUUUGUACCAUCAAUCGCAACGUGUUAAAGCUUUUUAUUGCGAUAGCAAUUAUCUGCACACGCAAGGCGCAUUUCUACCGUCGGUGUUCGCGUCGCCGUCGGCGUCGCCGUGAUGUUCCGAAUAAAGUCCAAGGAGGAUAGCAUCGUCCACGCGCGCGGUAUGCUGUAUGUGCGAGUUAACGUGCGUAAGUGCGAGCC